AAGUAAAAAACAGAGAGAGAGAGUAGAGAGAGAGACAGAGAGAUGUCAUGUGCAGUUGUGUCCCAACUGUAAAGCCGGAGGUAUCUGGAGGUAUCUGAGCUCUCCCUCAUAAUUUUUGCUUUCUUCCCUGGGACGGGACGCGUGCAACUCUAAUUUAUGUCAGUAUUCUCUGAUCGAGCGAAGAUGGUGUCUUCGCUCCAGAUUAUGUGGAUGUUCAAGGAUGGGGUGAUUCUGUUCUGUACACCGUUCCUGCUCCUCCCGCUCCCAGUACUGAUCGGAACCACGGAGGCAAGAUGUGCCUAUGUGAUAGCUCUGAUGGCAGUGUACUGGUGUACUGAGGUAUUGCCACUAGCGGUGACUGCUCUCCUGCCCACUGUCCUUUUCCCUCUGUUUGGCAUCAUGGAGUCCAAGCAGGUGUGUAUGCAGUACCUGAAGGACACCAACAUGCUGUUUGUAGGCGGUCUGAUGGUGGCUGUUGCCGUGGAGACAUGGAACCUUCACAAGCGCAUCGCCCUCAGGGUUCUACUUGUUGUGGGGGUGCGGCCUGCCCUUCUGAUGCUAGGGUUCAUGGGUGUGACAGCGUUCCUGUCCAUGUGGAUCAGUAACACAGCCACCACAGCUAUGAUGGUCCCCAUUGUCCAGGCUGUCCUGGAGCAGCUCAACAGCCCACAGAAUGGGGAGAACCCCUUGCCCAUCCCCCAGAGCCAGGAGAAUGUUAUGAUUCCUGAGGAAAGACUGGAGAACAGUUCAAACCCACAGGACAAACUUAUCAUCCAGGACAAUCACAUUCCACUGGAGAAACCAGCCACAGAGGAUAAACUGGACUCCCCAGACAAACCAGUUCACCAGGACAACUCUCUGGCUGAUGGGAAGCCAGGUGAGGGGCACUGGGCUGGGGGCAGAGGUCAGAGCAGGGGGCUAGUGGUAAUGUCCAUGGUCUUGAAGGAGGGGACUGAAGCAGAGGAGCAGGUUGGAGAGGAAGAGGAGGAGAAGGAGAGGACGAAAAUGUGUAAAGGCUUGAUGUUGUGUGUGUGUUACGCUGCCAGCAUCGGAGGCACUGCCACUCUCACUGGUACCGGACCCAACCUCGUCCUCACAGGGCAGAUGAGCCAACUCUUCCCUCAGAACAGUGACGUGGUUAACUUUGCCUCGUGGUUCGCCUUUGCCUUCCCCACAAUGCUGCUAAUGCUGACGCUGGCCUGGCUCUGGCUCCAGCUCGUCUUCAUCGGCUUCGAUCUGAAGCGUACGUGGGGCUGUGGUGCUGUGCAGUCAGAGAAAGAACAUGCAGCGUAUGAUUUGAUCCGUGAGGAGCAUCGUCGUCUGGGGCCAGUGUCCUAUGGAGAGUUGAGUGUUCUGGGGCUCUUCAUUCUGCUGGUGGUGUUGUGGUUCACACGAAGCCCAGGCUUCAUCAACGGAUGGGCAACCCACAUCUUCAACACAAAGGCAGAGUUUGUGACUGAUGCCACAGUGGCACUGUUUGUUGCCGUGCUGUUGUUCGUCUUGCCCUCUGAGCCCCCCCGCUACCUCUGCUUCUGGAGAACACAGAGCUUUGACACAGAGCCCCCCCGCGGCCCCACUCCUGCCCUGCUGACCUGGCAGGUGACCCAGAGGAAGAUGCCCUGGAGCAUUGUACUGCUGCUAGGAGGAGGCUUCGCUCUGGCUAAGGGCAGCGAGGUGUCUGGUCUGUCGCGGUGGCUGGGUGAUCAGAUGAUACCUCUCUGCUCCAUCCCUCCCUGGGCCAUCGCAGUCAUCCUCUGUCUCCUCACUGCCAUCUUCACUGAGUGUGCCAGCAACGUGGCUACCGCUACUCUCUUCCUGCCCAUCCUAGCCUCCAUGUCCCAAUCCAUAGGAGUGAACCCACUGUAUGUGAUGGUACCAUGUACUCUCAGUGCCUCCUUUGCCUUCAUGCUCCCUGUCGCCACGCCUCCUAACGCCAUCGUGUUCUCUUAUGGAUACCUGAAGGUGUCGGAUAUGGCUAAGACAGGUAUAGUGAUGAACAUCCUUGGGAUCCUGUGUAUCACUCUGGCCAUUAACAGCUGGGGUAGAGCCAUUUUCAACCUGGACACCUUCCCCUCCUGGGCCAACACCACCGCUAACAUCACUACAGGAGGAUGAUGGGGGGGUGUCCAGGCAAUACCACUGCUAAGCCAAAAAGGGGAUGAGGGAGGAGGAGACCACUGACAACCCUCACUGGGGCAACAGAGGGCUGGCCAUGGGAACACUGGUUUACUGUUUUAUUAUCAGUGUAUUUUAUACUUAUUAUGUACAGAUAAUAUUAUUAUAUUAUAUGGUAAUGAGGGAGCCAUAGAGAACUCGGAUGAUAAAUAACUUGUAAAAGCCAAGACAGGCUGUAAUACUAUAAAUUAUGUUUGUAUUAAUGGCAAUAUUGUGAUAUCAAUUGAUAUUAUAUAAAUAUAUUAUCUUACAUAAAAUUACAGUGCCUUUGGAAAGUAUUCAGAACCCUUGACUUUUUCCACAUUUUGUUAUUACAGCCUUAUUCCUCAUCAAUCUACCCACAAUAACCCAUAAUGACAAAGCGAAAACAGUCUCAGAAAAUGUUGCUAAUUUAUUCAAAUAAAAAAACAGAAAUAUUACAUUUACAUAAGUAUUCAGACCCUUUACUCAGUGCUUUGUUGAAGCACCUUUGGCAGCGAUUACAGCCUUGAGUCUUAUUGGGUAUGACACUACAAAAUUGGCACAUCUGUAUUUGGGGAGUUUCUCUUCUUCUCUGCAGAUCCUCUCAAGCUCUGUCAGGUUGGAUGGGGAGCGUUGCUGCACAGCUAUUUUCAGGUCUGUCCAGACAUGUUCGAUCUGGUUUAAGUCCGAGCUCUGGCUGGGCCACUCAAGGAUAUUCAGGGACUUGUCCCGAAGGAUCUCAUCAAGGAUCUCUCUGUACUUUGCUCCGUUCACCUUUGCCUCGAUCCUGACUAGUCUCCCAGUCCCUACCGCUGAAAAACAUCCCCAUAGCAUGAUGCUGCCGCCACCAUGCUUCACCGUAGGGAUGGUGCCAGGUUUCCUCCAGAUGUGGCGCUUGGCAUUCAGGCCAAAGAGUUCAAUCUUGGUUUCAUCAUACCAGAGUAUCUUAUUUCUCAUGGUCUGAGAGUCUUUAGGUGCCUUUUGGUAAACUCAGUGGGCUAUCAUGUGCCAUUUACUGAUUAGUGGCUUCCGUCUAGCCAUAAAGGCCUGAUUGGUGGAGUGCUGCAGAGAUGGUUUGUCCUUCUGGAAGCUUCGCCCAUCUUCAUAGGAGAACUCUAAAGCUCUGUCAAAGUGACAAUCAGGUUCUUGGUCACCUCCCUGACCAAGGCCCUUCUCCCCCGAUUGCUCAGUCUGGCCGGGCGGCCAGCUCUAGGAAGAGUAUUGGUGGUUCCGAACUUCUUCCAUUUAAGAAUGAUGAAGGCCACUUUGGGGACCUUCAAUGCUGCAGAUAUUUUUUGGUACCCUUCCCCAGAUCUGUGCCUCGACACAAUCCUGUUUUGGAGCUCUACGGACAAUUCCUUCGUCCUCAUGUCUUGGUUUUUGCUCUGACAUGCACUGUCAACUGUGGGACCUUAUAUAGUCAGGUGUGUGCCUUUCCAAAUCAUGUCCAAUCAAUUGAAUUUACCAAAGGUGGACUCCAGUCAAGUUGUAGAAACAUCAAGGAUGAUCAAUGGAAACAGGAUGCACCGGAGCACAAUUUCGAGUCUCAAAGCAAAGGGUCUGAAUACUUGUGUAAAUAAGGUUUUUCUGUUUUUGUAUUUAAUACAUUUGCAAACAUUUCUUAAAACCUGUUUUUGCUUUGUCAUUAUGGGGUAUUGUGUGUAGAUUGCUGAGGAUUACAUUUGUUUUAUCCAUUUUGGAAUAAGUCUAUAACUUAACAAAAUGUGGAAAAAGUCAAGGGGUCUGAGUAUUUUCUGAAGGCACUGUAUGAUAGUUGCUUUUCAGUAAGUGUAAUAACCAAUUUAGCUAAAAACCUGGUUGCCUCUGCCAGGAAACUGACAAUCUUCCAGCAAGACAAUAACCCCAAGCACACAUCAAAAUCCACAAGGAAAUUGUUAAUUGACAACAACAUCUACAAUUUGCAAUGGCCAUUUCAGUCUUGACUUUGUAGAGGGCAGUCCAUAAGCGCAGACGGAGGACAUCAAGGAUCUGGAAAGAUUCUGUAUGGAGUAAUGGUCUAAGAUCCCUCCCAAGGUGUUGUCUCAUCUCAUAAAACAUUUUAGAAAAAGGUUCAGUGUCAAUAUCCUUGCAAGGGUAGGGUGCUGGAGUACUGAAAACAGAGGAGCCAAUAAUAUAUUUAUUACUUGUUAAAAGAAAUCUUUCUGAGCAAUUGUAUUAGUAUAAAAUAACAGUCAAAAUGUGAGCGUACAAUACAGCUCACUAUUUGUAUUAUAUAUUGUAUACAGUCUAUUUUGCUCAUGUUUAUCAAGGGUGCAAAUAAUUGUGGACCCCUCUGUACAGUAUAUGCCAUGCAUUACCACAACAGGUCUUUUUUCUAACACACAUAUGGUGGGUAGUGACUAGGAGCGUAUUCCUCCACACACGAAACGCCGCAGGACAGGAUUAAGUCCACCAACACCACAAGAGAACAUGUCUGAGAACAUGACUGACUACAAAAAAAACCUGUAUCGAUCUCAUACUGACAGUCUUCAGUCAAAGAAUAUCAAGUGUAUUUCAUCUUUCCCCUCCAAGUUAUUGGAUGCUUUGGUUGAAUGAUUUAAAAAUAUAUAUGUUUUGUAAUUCAGAGGAUUGUGAGAACAGGAGGGUGCAUUGAACUAUGGCCCUCUGUCUGGGGCAGGUAGAGCUGUGGGAAACAGUGACAUUUCAGCUCAGCAGGGGGCCAGAGGCAUGAGCAUUAUAGCCCUUAUAGUAUCAAUCAAGCUAAAUCAACAUAACCGGGACCCCAGGAUGAUAAAUGCUGCCUUAUUUCCAUGAUACCUAUGUUUACACCCGGAGGCGUCAUGCCCCCUCAGAUUUGAUCUGUUAAAAAAUACAUGCAAAAUAUUUGUUUCUCUAUAAUACUACUAGCCACCUAACAAUUUUAUGAAGUUGGCUUUAGCUUGCCCAGAUAGGUUUGCAAUCUCCCAAACUCAUAACUCGCUACCAAUAAACCAUGUCACGUUAUUAAUCAAGUUAGAGUAGCUAGCUAGUCUAACUGUCUUAGCUAGCAUGCCUGCUGGCAAGGGUGGUAGACAUUAAAAAAAUAAGCAAUAACUAAAUAAGACUCCUUUCAAACUUUGUGUUUUUAAAGAAAGGACUGUCCAGCCAGUGAUCCCAGAUGAUUGGUGUUUAUUUUGACAAUAAGACACAAGGAAGCAUAUUAGAUGUGCAGGACAACAGUAUGUUGAUGGCUGUAGAUUCUUGAUUUGUCACUUGCAUGUCAAUAUCAGACUGGGUAUUUUGUAAUCAAACAUAACCAUGACCAAUAUUGUACACAAUACAAUACAAUACGCAUGUAAGUACCUGACGAUAAGACACAAGGAAGCACAUUAGAUGUGCAGUAUAACUGUGUUGGUGUUUGUAGAUUUGUGUUUCAUCUGUUAGCAUGGAAAUAACUGAAUUAGCAGGUAGCUAAUGUGACCAUUAAAAUUAUAGCAUUCUA